AUGGGGAGUGUGGUGGCGGAGAAGGCGACGGAGAACCUGACGGACUACGUGAUGUCGAAGGGGGCGGUGCUGGGGCUGAUGCGGUCCGCGAGCUUGCAGCUCGGGAAGCACGGGAUUCGGGUGAACAGCGUGUCGCCCGGCGUGAUACAAACAGCGCUCGCCGAAAAAAACGGGAUUUCGGCCGAGUAUAUGGAGAAGCGUAUCGGGCGCUACAGGAGCUUGAAAGGGGCAACGCUCGCGGCCGAGCACGUGGCCGACGCGGUGGCGUUUCUGGCUUCGGAUGAGGCGGCGUUGCUCACCGGAGUUGAUUUGGCGGUGGAUAGCGGGACGAUUGCCAUGCCAUUCCUUUGA